UUGAUUCUGAAACAUUUAUACAUCAAUGAGCAAACCAACCGAAAUCAACAUUUCAGCAUGUUUCACAAGGACCAAGUUCCAGUGCUGCCAUCUACUUCUAAACAAGAUAACAACUCCAAAGAUACCUGUUCCAUCGUGCCUGUCAACAAGGAAGAUAAAGAACUUCCUGAAUUAAAAGGCAAGCCAUCUAUGGCAGAUUGUUUGAAGCCUCUUCCCACAUCCUUACAGUGUGAUUUCAUCCCAGAAGAGAUCUUUGUUGCUUUGACCUCUGCUGCUAACCCAGUCCCGUGCCCAGCUUUUUUAAAACCUCCGAAGAAAACCAAAAGUGCAAAAGACUUUCAGGGUUGCCUCCGAACUGCUGAUGGGGUCUGGCAACAUUCUGUUCGCAGAAACAGGUUCCGGUAUCUGAUACAGCAUCCAAUCUGCCUGACCGGAGCUGGAAGAGAUGCCUCUUUUCUUUAUGAUGUCAUUGCUGAAAAGGAAGGCAAGAAUCCACCCCCAACUCCUGAACCCAAUAAGCCUUUGAAAGAUGUUCAGCAGAAAGCCAGUGGACCUCCAGCAAGCAUAGCCGACACUCUGAUUCCAGAAGAAUUUCACAUUGUGAAGAACAGAGGAGUUCUGGGGUUGGAAUAUUAUGACGAUAAAUACACAACUCUACUGGAAGAUGAGGAAAAAAGGCUACGAGUUUUCCCAUCCAUGAAGCCAUCUGGAAGGCUGGAAGUCCUGCAGCUGAUGAAGGUUAUGGACACCAUGCUGGAAAAGGCUGGAGCAGAUAUUGAAGAUACUGGAGUAACAGGAAUUUCACAGAUGCAUAAUGUCUUAGAAAUACUGAAAGUAGAACAGAACAUCUACAAUGUAGUAUUUCAUGAAAUCAUCCGACAAGUCAGUGUAGAUUGUGCGGAACGCGGAGAACUUCUUUCCAAGAUCAGACAAAGAUACGUUGAGUUGCUGGAACGGAUUCCCAGACAGAUGAGGAAUCUCUAUAAAGAAAUGAUGGCACAACGAGUAAUGGACAAACACAUCACAGAUGAGCUGUUCAAUUUCAAGGAAGCUAUAGGACAACUGACCAGGGAGCUGAAUACUAUACGAAAACAUGACCGCAAAGCAACUCUCCAAGCAGAAAAAGCCUAUGAGGAGCUGUCAAGAGCUGUCCAGGAGUCUGAGAUGAAUGCAACCCUUUUGGACGAAUACCGUCAACUGUAUGAACUGCAGAGAGCAAGGCUUGAGGCUCAGAUUCACCAAUUGUCUAAAGAAAAAGAGCUGUGGAGCACUGCUACAUAUGAUUUGGCCCAGAAGGUAAUUGAAAAGAACAAGCUAAUCUUGGCCCGCCGAAUGUAUGGUAGUGAAAAGGCUUGGCUCAAAGUGAUGAGGCACUUCAUCAUGCUCAUGGAAUCACAGGAUGCUAAUGAUCUUUCAACUCUGCAACACUUAACACAGAAGUUUCGAGAAUUCUUAUGCCAAAUCAGAACAGAAGUGGAACAAGUGGAGGAAACUAGUAGGGAGAGAGCAAGAAGUGUUCAGAACGGUUUGGUUGGAUGGCUCAAUUACUUCCAGAAUCAUGUCCUUGGAAAAGGAAAUUACACUUUUGAAAAAGGAGCCUCAUUGUUGGAUCAAGUCCUUGUGGAUCUCAAGGUUUGGGAAAAGAUGUUGAAUGAGGAGUUGGCACAAUAUGGGGGAAAUAUGAUCCUUGUCAGACAAGAGCCUCUCAAGACAGUUGCUGAUCUACAGAAACAGUGGGUAGACCUAGGGAUUUCGGUGCUUGGCCGUCACAAAGAUCUCCAUGGCAAAAUGCCACCUUGGUUGAAAAUGCUGGAGGAGAUAAACAGAAACUCUAACAAUCUCUGUGAACAGUAUCGCAUAAGAAUUUGUGGGGAGAAUGGGUCUGCCAGGAUUUUAACAAGUUUGGUCCACAGUUUGGAGAAUUGGACAUUCAAGCUGUUAGCUAGCAAGCAGAAGUCUGGUGCACAUGAAGCUGACUGGAUAAAGUUUUUCCAAAAUGUUUCUGAAUGGCUGGCUCAGAUAGACGAUCUGUUAAAGUUUAUUGGUACCAGUGAAACUCCAGAGGAACGAAGGCGCAGAACAUUUAAGAUUGUCCCGGUGGCAUCUGAGGAUCUAUUUAAGAAGAUUCAGCAGUGGAUCCUGACAACUACUAGUGGUUCUGAACAAGAAAUUGUUCAACUUACUGAGGAAUUGACUGACUUCCAUAAUGUUCUUAGCAAAUGGAUGGUGAACCUACUAACUCAUCUGGUGCCAGAGUAUACUUGUCACAAUACUCUCCCUUUGAGUGACGUGGAAGCAGUGAGGCAGGCAGAGCAAAAAAUGUUGAACAUUUUCAAUCUGGAAACCGAGGCCACAGGACUGGCUGCAAAGCUGAGCAAGUUCUCCUGUUACAUAGUCAGCUGUUGCAAGGAAAUAGUUGCCUCAAUAACUCGCAAGAAAAUGGCUACUUUUGAACCAGAUGCAGACCAUGAACUGAAACAAUUGGAGAAAAUCAAGACUGAGUGCCUGGAUUGGAUUGAGACCUGUACUCUUCUGCUGUCUGGAAUGAAGAUGACCCCCACCAGCCUAAUCAGCCAAGAAGAACUAGUCAGCUUGUUUGGAUUAGAGGUGCUUCAGCCCAAAAAACAGCUGCCACCUCACCCUGAGCUUGACCUACAAAGCUUGAGCCUCAUUCAGACAGAAAUGGCUCCAGAGGAAGACAAGAAAGAUACAGAAACCAUAUCUAUGAAAGCAGUGCAAAAUAGGGAACUGGUGGAAUCAGAGAAAAUGUCACCUCUGUCCGGCACCACCACUGAUGAGCAGGAGGAGAGAGCUGAGAUCACUUGCCCAGUCAGAUAUAUAGGUGACGAUGCUAACAUCCAUGUCAAGCUGUUGAAGGCAGAAGAAGUCACUGUCUCAGGGAGGGAAUUGUAUGCCAGCCAGUGGAUGACUGAAUACUCAAAAAAGGAAUUUCAGAUGCUGGCUUCACUGGAAAUUCUGGAAGAGCGCCUCAUAGAGGCUGAAAAGAGGGCACAGCAAGCUGAAGAAAAAUCAGAAGUCCUUCAUGAGGAAUUAGAAGAAGCUCUUACAAAAAUUCAUGAUCUGGAGGGCGAGGUGGAACCAGUAUUAGAGGCUUCAGAAGAAAUAGAACCACAGUGUGAACCAGAAAUCUCUUCUAAGAAAAAGCCACCAUCACAGCCUCCUUCUACCAAAGCAAGCACACGUUCUAAGAAGUCCAGCAAACCCAAGCGCUGAUGCAGAGGGUGACCUCAGGAAAGCCUUUGACUCCUGCUGGGGCACAGUACGUUGGUUGCACAUCUCUGGAGAUUUGUGGUCUUUUGGAAUUUUCCUUUCUAUGUUAGUCUAUAAAUACAGGACAUGGACAGCUGUUU